CUCCACGUGUCCCAUCAACCCAUCUCAACAAUCUUCACUUUUCUCUCCUAUCCCAAUUUUCACAAUUUAAUGUUUGGAUUUUCUUGUACAACUAUGUCAGUCAGUUCAAAAAGAACCAACCUCCUUCAAUUUCAGGAAAGCAAUGCAAAGUUAGUCAAAUAAAAAAAUAACCUAUGGUUUGCUCAAUUCAAUUUUCAUUGUUUUUAUGCAACAUAAUGUAUAUAACUAUAUAUUAUAUACAUACUAAAAAAUAAAAGUAGGAGUGGUCCAACCAACCGCUGAGUUGGAGAGAUUGAUACGAGCCCGUAGGCUCAUGGCAAUGAUAUGAUUGGAUUUUGAUUUAUUCAUGGAUGACAUAUUCACAAAUCUUUUGAAACUCACAACUUAUAUUAGUGACAGAUUCUUAAAAUUCCUAGAGGAUUUAGUGCUUAGAGAUGCAAUUAGGGGCAGAGAAAAUUUUCGGGCCACUCCACUGAUAUCAUCACAACACAAUUCAAAAGAAACCACAUCUUUGCAACCUCCUCAGGUUGGAGGUGAAAACAAUGAAAUUUGUGGAAGAAGAGCCUUUAACAAUAAUAAUAGUGAACUGCUUGUAGAUACCAGAUCUGUAAUUAUAAAAGCCAGUUAUGUAUCUGCAGCUCUUCCUUCAUUUUUACUAAAAGGUUUAACACUCCCAUUACUUGGUCUACAAUAUGCUUGGAGUUUGGGAGUGACCUCUUGCAGAUAUUCUUUCUCAUGCAUUAAAUGUGCUCAACUUCAUGUUCAUAGAAUUAGAUCUCGUGUGUUGAAAACAUUGCGCGGUUCUGCUGAUGAUAUUGGGUGGUUGCAGCAUGCUCCUGGAAUGCCUCUAGCACAGGAUGGAACUUCAAGAUUCUUGGAAUUGCUUUCAGACAUAAGGAAUGGAAAGCACUCACUACCCAGUUCAUUUGUUUAUUUGUUGAUUCCAGGUCUCUUUAGCAAUCAUGGACCCUUGUAUUUUGUUGCCACUAAGAGGUUUUUUUCAAAGAUGGGUCUAGCUUGCCAUAUAGCAAAAGUUCAUAGUGAGGCAUCGGUCGAACACAAUGCCUUGGAACUGAAGCAAUAUAUUGAGGAGAUUUACUGGGGUUCUGGCAAGCCUGUCAUGCUACUGGGACACAGUAAAGGUGGCAUUGAUGCUGCAGCUGCUUUGUCUCUAUAUUGGUCUGACUUGAAGGACAAAGUUGCUGGUUUGGCACUGGUACAGAGUCCAUACGGUGGCACCCCCAUAGCUUCCGAUAUUCUCCGUGAAGGCCAGAUUGGCGACAAAGAAGCGCGGAGGAUAUUGGAACUUAUAAUAUGCAAAAUAAUUAAGGGUGACAUAAGGGCGUUAGAGGAUCUCACAUAUGAGAGGCGAAAGGAGUUCAUCAUGAAGCACAAGCUCCCCUUAGGCAUUCCUCUGAUCUCCUUCCACUCUGAAGCAAGCAUUGCUCCCAGUGUUCUUGCAACAAUGACACAGAUAGCUCAUGCAGAACUUCCCCGGCUUGUUCUACCAAAAUUUGUGUCAAAGGUGUCUGAUUCAUUUGUCAAAUCAGGACAUCAAGUUCCUGUACUGAUUCCUGCUUCUGCUGCAAUGGCUGUUUUUGCUCUCCACCUGCAGCUAAGAUAUGGAGAAAAGAGUGAUGGACUAGUUACAUGUCGCGAUGCUGAAGUUCCGGGAUCGGUUGUUGUAAGGCCUAAUAUGAAGCUUGAUCAUGCAUGGAUGGUAUACUCUUCGAAGAAGAAAAAUCCAAGUGAACCCGAUGCUCGCGAAAUGUGUCAAGCUCUAUUUACUUUACUUGUUGAGCUUGGUAAGACAGAAAGGGAAGUGGAGCAAAUCGUAUAAUCAAUAUGCUUCAAUGUCUUUUUACCAAAUUUCCUUCCAGUUUAGAUACUGUAUAAUGCACAAUUCAGUUCAGUUAAAUUUUCUCCAAAAUGUGAUACUAUAUAAUGUGAACUAGACUUUAAUUUUCUUCAAUUGUGAUGUUUCAGUAUUUCAUGUUUAGAUACUACA